UUCCCUGACUAGACUACUGUGCAUGGCGAUUUGAGCUUGCGGGGAAGUGAACAGGGAUAAGCAAGCUCUUCCGGAGGGAAAUGAUUUUUGUGUUUUUUCAUCUACACGGAGUGAAUGCUGCGUCACCGGAUCGGAUAGGCAUGACUAUUACUGACUGGGCAAGGAGAAUAAUAAGACACCAUUACGGAAUUUCAAGCUACAAGUGUCAAGAAGGUGGUGUGCUGCUGUACCAGAGGUGGCUUCGUCUGUAGCCGUGUGUGUUGCGGGAUCCGAAGUCCGAACCGAAGCACACGUUUCGGAUCAACCUGUGAGUGAGUGGCGCGAGUUCGGUUGCGAGUGUUGGUGAGUUGUUGCGAGUUAGUCUGGAGGCGCAUAGAAGAUUUCUGCUUUGUGAACGCUUCAAGAAAUCCAGUUCGAGGAUCAUCCGGUUUUGAUUUGGAGCUUCUGCGAUAGAUACUCUCUGCUUUGCUCAAAUGAUGGAGUCUACACACCAGCAUCAAGGUACAUGUUGUAAUCCUCGAAAUCCUAUACACGAAGCAGGCGAAGAAUUAUUGCCGGUGUUGUGGUCUUCCUUGCCUACGGAGCUUCUAGAGCGCGUACUCGCCUUCCUUCCCUUCCCGAAUCUCUUCCGGCUACGCACUGUCUGCAAACGGUGGAAUUCCUUGCCGCACUGCUCCUACUUUCGUCAAAUUAGGGCCUCGGCUCCGAAUCAAUGGGGAGCAUGCCUCCCAGUUCUUUUCUGCAAAGAUGCCGCAAUCGACGCAGAAGACGAGGGAUGGAACUCUGAUUCAUGGUCUGCUUAUGACACCGCGUCCUGCCGGUGGCUUCGUCUGCCCCCUCUUACGUGCCUUGAUGCUCGCCACCCCAAGUACCUCGUGGUUGGCUCCGGGGGACUUCUGUGCAUUGGAGACUUUGACAGCACAGAGAAUCUCGUGGUUUGCAAUCCCGUCACGCGCUGCCUCCGAGAGUUGCCUCUCACUAUAAAACAAUGGGCGGAGCCUGACGUAACGGCUAUGGCGAUUAACAAGCGAACUGGAGGCUACAAAUUGGUCUUGGCCGGAAAUCGCCACUUCAAACCAGGUUCCCCUGGUUACCGAAACACCGAAAUAUACGACUCAUCUUCGAAAGCAUGGGAAACUGUUGGAGACAUCCCGGUCAAUCUUGAGCUCCAUAGCCAAGAAGGCGCCCUCUGUAACAAUAGUUUGUACUGUCUUGCACGGGAUAAAAAACAUGGAAUCUGGGACAUCCUCGUUGCUUUUGACCUUGGUUCUCGGAAAUGGUCAACUGUGUGUUACAAUAUACCUUAUGGAUCUCGCACACCGCAUGUAAUUGGAAGUCAUGAUCGGAUUCUCGCGGUAGCCGAGCACAAUCGGGUUACUGAGACCACCGAUGACUGCGUCUACCUCUUCGAAUAUGACCUAAAAUCAACGAAGUGGGUGAAGCUCUCGCAGCUCCCAAAUGAUAUGUAUCACAGAAUCGGCAAGAGAGUGAUCGCAUGCACAGUGGACGGCAAUUACAUCUGUGUUACGGGAUGCGCUGGAAAGCAGUGGUGCUCUGCCAUGUACAGGUUGUCCUUGAACAAGUGGGAGCAGGUGCCUGUGUUCCCUCAUGACGAAUCCAAAGGCCGUGAAUGUGAGCUUCUUCUCUCGAGCUCCCCAUUUCGCCCGAGCUUGGGGUCUGUGUGAUCUAUUUCUUCCGCACAUGAUCUCCCGUCAUGAAAAUUAGACUGGCAGCUUCAGCCAUCACUAAUACCGAGACUCUCUAAUGGUGUAAAUUAAUUGUGGAAGAGACGCCGUUCUUGGAUCGUACCAAGGUCCUUGCAAUGGCAGAGGGUGUUCGCUAAAAAAACCCCUGAACCUGCCCAUAUGUAUUCUAUAUUGUAUAAAUUUGUGUACAGAGUGGGUCACUGCAGUUUGUGUGCAGAAUGAUUCCAUGCUAUGCUUCAUUGCCUAUCAA